GGGAGCACAGGACGGAGGAGUUCCAGAAGGUGAAUGUCCUGAUGAAGGUGCCCGCGUUGAGGGACGGUUCCUUCACCUUAGCAGAGAGCGUCGCGAUCCUCCUGUAUCUGGCCAGGAAAUACAAGACCCCCGAUCACUGGUACCCAUCUGACCUGCAGAAGAGGGCGAGGGUUGAUGAGUACCUGUCGUGGCAGCACGUCAACACCCGUGGGAAGGGCAGCAAGCUGUUCUUAUCUAAGGUGCUGCUGCCUCUCAUCACAGGCCAGCCGCUUCCUCCAGAGAAACUGGAAGGCAUGACUGAAGAGCUGAACGUUGUCCUGAAGCAGUUUGAGGAGAAGUUCUUGCAGGACAAGCCCUUCAUUGCGGGCAGCGAGGUCUCCCUGGCAGACGUGGUGGCAGUGGUGGAGCUGAUGCAGCCUGUGUGCGCUGGCUACGACCUCUUUGCGGGGCGGCCGGCGUUAGCGGCGUGGCGCAGGCGGGUGGAAGAUGCAGUGGGGAAGCAGCUCUUCCAGGAAGCCCAUGAAGAGAUCAUGAACAUCAACAGCUUGACCGCUGAUAAGAUUGCACCUGACCUGGUGGAGCAGUUCAAGAACCAGCUCCUGAAGCAGCUCAUCCAGAAUUAG